AUGGCGGAAAUGAAGACAGUAGGCGUGGUGGGUAGCGGUCAAAUGGGGUCGGGAAUAGCUCAACUGGCCGCCGUACACGGUCUUGAUGUCUGGCUUCUCGACACAGAUCCUGAUGCUCUUAUAAGAGCCACCAAAUCCAUUUCCACUUCCAUCAAUCGAUUCGUCUCCAAAGGCCUCCUUUCGCAGGCAAUGGGUAUUCAUGCUAUGAAACAUCUACGAUGUACCACGAAUUUAGAAGAGCUGCAUUCUGCGGAUAUUAUUAUUGAAGCCAUUGUGGAAACUGAAGAUGUAAAGAAAACAUUAUUCCUCAAACUCGAUAAGAUUGCAAAAGAUUCUGCCAUUCUGGCAUCUAAUACAAGUUCCAUUUCCAUUACUCGAUUAGCAUCUGCAACUAGCAGACCAAGCCAGGUGAUUGGUAUGCACUUUAUGAAUCCUCCUCCAAUAAUGAAAUUGGUUGAGAUAAUACGGGGUGCAGAUACAUCAGAUGAGACAUUUUAUGCGACAAAAGCAUUGGCUGAGAGGUUUGGGAAGACAGUUGUCUGCUCUCAAGACUAUUCUGGUUUCAUUAUAAACCGCAUCCUAAUGACGAUGAUAAACGAGGCAUUUUUCACGCUUUAUACUGGAGUUGCAACAAAGGAAGACAUUGAUACUGGAAUGAGGCUGGGGACAAACCAUCCAAUGGGUCCUUUAGAGCUUGCUGAUUUCAUCGGGCUGGAUGUUUGCUUGUCAAUAAUGAGAGUUCUUCAUGCUGGCUUGGGAGACAGUAAGUAUUCUCCCUGCCCUCUUCUAUUGCAGUACGUUGAUGCAGGUCGCCUGGGUAGAAAACAUGGUAUUGGGGUGUAUGACUACCGUACAGCACCUCAAACAGUAAAACCAUCACCUAAACUCUGAAAUGUGGCAUCUGGAGGAUAUAGUGAAUAUGAUUCCUUUUGUUUUCAAAUGGCAUCGUUUUUUGUCUAUACCUCAUGCUCUCAUCCUUUUACGGCCUCUUUGUUUGUAAAAUAUGUGGCUCUAAAUUGUAUUGAGUUUUGUAUUAUGUUAAAAUUUUAAAUGCUUUACUAUUGUUCCUGAGUC